ACUCCAACUGUCCAUGGUUGUCCUCUUCUAUAUGCUUCUUUUUUUUUUCUCAACUCAUGACUUUCUCAUGAGAGCUUUUCCACCAUGUCUCAUUCUAUAUAUACCUUCCCAGCCUCUCUCACUUCUUCUUACAAGCUUCUUGUGAUCAAUUGUUUCCUCUCUUAAUUAGUAUCUCUCUCUAUCUUCAAAUCACACACCAAAGAUGAUUGCUGGAGUAGGAGAGAAUGGGAUAAAUGUGUUUGAGCUGAGUGUGAAUCAAAGGGAACCAUCACUUGUUGUCCCUGCUGAAGAGACAGAGAAUGGGCUUUACUUCCUCUCAAACUUGGAUCAAAACAUUGCAGUGACUGUCCAAACAAUCUAUUGUUUCAAGUCUGAAGAUAAAGGGAAUGAGAAUGCUGCUGAGGUGAUAAGGAAUGCCUUAGCAAAGGUUCUUGUUCAUUAUUAUCCUCUCGCUGGUAGGCUCACCAUAAGCUCUGAGGGGAAGCUCAUCGUCAACUGCACCGGCGAAGGUGCCGUCUUUGUUGAAGCUGAUGCUGACUGUAACAUGGAAGAGAUUGGAGAUAUAGCCAAGCCUGAUCCAUUGACUCUUGGCAAACUUGUUUACAAUGUUCCUGGUGCCAAGAACAUACUUGAGAUACCCCCUCUUGUUGCUCAGGUAACACGAUUCAAGUGUGGAGGUUUCAUACUUGGUUUAUCAAUGAACCACUGCAUGUUUGAUGGACUUGGGGCAAUGGAGUUUGUGAACUCAUGGGGAGAAACAGCAAGAGGACUGCCAUUGGCCGUGCCACCAUUCAUAGACCGAACGGUGCUAAAGUCCAGAAACCCUCCAGUGAUCAGCUACCCUCACCAUGAAUUUGCCGAGAUAAAGGACAUAUCAAACAUGGCUGCAUUAUACCAAGAAGAGAUGCUCUACAGAUCCUUCUGCUUUGAUCCAGAUAAACUCAAGGAACUCAAACUUAAAGCCAUGGAAGAUGCAACUCUCACCAAGUGCACUACCUUUGAGGCUCUAUCUGCGUUUGUAUGGCGAGCACGGACACAAGCAUUGAAGCUAAAACCCGAACAAGAGACCAAGCUUCUCUUCGCCGUUGAUGGAAGGUCACGUUUCAAUCCUCCACUCCCUAAAGGCUACUUUGGCAAUGGCAUUGUGUUAACAAACUCAAUCUGCCAAGCCGGUGAGCUCGUCGGCAAUCCUUUAUCGUAUUCGGUUAGAUUAGUGCAGAAUGCAGUGAGCAUGGUGACAGAUGAUUAUAUGAGAUCGGCAAUGGAUUUCUUUGAAGCAACUAGAGCCAGACCUUCACUGAAUGCAACUUUGCUGAUCACUACUUGGUCUAGGCUUUCUUUCCAUACUACUGAUUUUGGAUGGGGAGAACCAGUGCAGUCAGGACCAGUGGCACUGCCUGAGAAGGAAGUGAUAUUGUUCUUGUCUCAUGGGGAGGAGAGGAAGAGCAUUAAUGUGCUUUUGGGACUGCCUGCUUCUGCAAUGCUAGCAUUCCAAGAGCUCAUGAAGAUCUGAUUGAGUUUCUUUCUGGCUUUUGUGGUGGUUAUCUUGCAACUGGUGUCAUUAAUUUCCCUUUAUAUAUUAUGAUUUAGUACUAUGAUUGUUUUCUAUAAGAGCAGCAAGCAGGUUUACAGUACGUUAAUUUUAUGUUUCAAGUUUGUUUUUUAUACGUCAGAGUAUGAAAAUAAAGAUACAUUAUGAGUUCA